AUGGCUCACGUUCCUCCUCGCUCUCAAAAUCUCGCAUGUUCUGCUGCAUCUUCCUUUUGGUUGUCAUACUCACUGGCUGGCUCCUCUAUCUUAUUAAUCACCUCUGUCCGCAUCGGACCUCGAUGCCCCGCCUCUUCCCUCUGUUUUAAUGUGGGUUCGUUGCGACACCGUCGGCGCGCGCUGAGGGGAUCUUUUCGUGUUCACACCACUGUUUCUAUCCAGACAGUUUUUUUCCCCUUAUCUAUAUAUACAUGGGUCUGGGUCCGUAUAUCCUCCAAUCUGCACCUUCCACAUGCAUCUGCCUUAGUUUGUCUCUUUCUUCGUCAUACCACCUGUACAUUUAUGAUACUCUACAUGUCCUCUUCUGAGUGA